UUGUCCCACCUCUACUGUGGGGGCGAAAAUAAAAAUAAGAAUAAUCAUGUCUACGCUGCAACUGGAAUUUUCGCAGGCAAUGACCGAUUUCAAAAAGAUGUUCCCCGACAUCGAUCGCGAGGUGAUCGAGGCCAUCCUGCGGGCGAAUCUGGGGGCGGUGGACCAGACCAUAGACGCCCUGCUGGCGAUGUCGAUUGACAACCAGAACGAGAAACUGCGCAAUGAACUGGAUGCUAAUGUCUCGCCCCAGCAGAGCCUCAUCAACCUGAACGAUACGUCGGACAAAGACCUGCAGCUGGUGGACACCACGGAUGGCGGGGGAGCAGUUGCUGGAGCAGUUGGAACACCUGGUGCCCUGCUGACCACCUCGCCGAAUCACCAGAACACGGGAGCCUCGCCCAAGCAAAGACCACUGAGCAAGGGGAGCAGCAACAGCCAGAACAACACGCCCACCAAGCGCACCCGCCGCUGGAAUCCGCCCAUUCUGGGACCCCUUCCCGCAGGAUUCCUUCGGAUCACACCCGCACCCGGGCAGCAGGACUUCGAGCUGCCGGACGAACAGUUCGCCCUGAUGCUGCAGAACGAGGAGUUUAUGAAUCAGCUGCGCUGGAACCAGGACUUCAUGAAUGCCCUCGAGAAGGAGCAGAGCGGCAAGAGCAAGGGCGGCGAGGAGGAUGCACCCUUCCAGGAGCGGCUCAAGAACAUGGGCAAGAUGUCGCGCAAGAAGUUCCUGCAGAUGGCCAGGGUUUUCACCUGGCAGCGCAACAAGAAGGUGACCACGGCCAAGCAGAUAGACUCGUUGCCGCUGCGCGAGGAGCCCAGCGAUGAUGAGGAUCACCAUCAUCACCAGCGGGAUCAGCAGCAGCAACAGCAGGCGAACCAGCAGCAGCAGUCCAGCAGUCAGCAACAAGGGCAAUUGCAGCUGCGCAAGUGAAGCGGCAAGAGAACGUUAUGUUAUCUUAUCUCAAUAAUGGCCAUAACGUGACGAUCACGUGCGCUAAGUAAUCUUUCCCCAGAAAAGCGAAAACCCAACCCAAGUAAUCUCCAGGCAAGAACGAAAUCUCCUCUCCCAAUCUCAACACAAAUAUGCGAUGAUGGUAUUACCCUAGUUUUAACCUUAAGUGCAAUUUUCCUACCUACCGUGCAAUAUUCCCCCAUCCCCUUUUUUCCUUGUUUGUUUGUAUACGUUUAGGUUUUGUUUACCCCUUUCGUUGUUGCCAAAUUAGCGUAGUUAAGUUUUAUCCAUUAUUUGUAAUCGAAUCUAAAAAGGCGGCCUCCUUUGAGCCGCAGUUUGCUAGAGACAACCACACGUUCGACUGAUUAUAGAAAGCGUUAAUUCACCAAGCAUCACACACACCAGAAAUCGUAGAGCACUUUGCUUAGCCCAAAAAACCUAGUCAUAAAGCGGUACCCGGCCAAUUGCCACUUAUUGUACAGUAAUCGAAACUACCCCGUAAUCCCAGUCUUAAAUUCAACUUUCUACAUUUUAAUUGCUGACGACCCGCGCGCUUCGCCAACAUCUACAAAUGCAUUAUGUACUAUGAUGAUUAUUAUAUUGUAUACCCCGCGAAUCUCUCGGAACUUGCAUACCAUAUCAGCUGUGGAUACAAUGCAGUUUUACUACGCCCACUACGCCCCAACUUAACUCCGAAUCAAUCGAUCCUAUCGCAGAUCUUACAGUGGAUUAAUAUGCGUGCUAUAAACUAGCAAAAUAUUAUAAUUAUAAAGAGCGGCUAUUUGAUUGUAAUUGUAUAUGUAUAAAUAUUUGAAUAACAACCUUAUAUAACUAUUCCAAGUAUCAAAUACAGAUAUUUCAAAACUUCAA